AUGCCGCGAGACACCUACUCCAAGCGCUCGCUCGGGACCUUGUCCAGACGCUUAAAGGAGUCGCGCGUACUCCUGGUGGGCGCCGGUGGUAUCGGCUGCGAGCUGUUGAAGAACCUCUUGCUCUCUGGCUUCGGCGAAAUCCACAUCAUCGAUCUUGAUACCAUCGACCUGAGCAAUUUGAAUCGUCAGUUCCUCUUUCGCUUUGAACACAUUAAAAAAUCAAAGGCAUUGGUCGCGAAGGAAGCUGCCCAGAAGUUCCAACCAAGUGCAAAGCUCGAAGCCUACCAUGCGAACAUCAAGGACAGCCGUUUCAACGUGGAUUGGUUCGCGAAUUUCGACGUGGUCUUCAAUGCGCUUGACAACUUGGAAGCGCGUCGCCAUGUCAACAGGAUGUGCUUAGCUGCCGAUGUGCCACUGAUCGAAAGCGGAACUACCGGAUUUAACGGUCAGGUUCAGGUUAUCAAGAAGGGCCAAACGGAAUGUUACGAUUGCAACUCAAAGGAAGUCCCCAAGUCAUUCCCCGUGUGCACCAUCCGCAGUACACCAAGCCAACCUAUUCAUUGUAUUGUCUGGGCGAAAAGCUAUCUUUUCCCCGAGCUUUUUGGGACCAGUGAGGAUGAGACGCCAGAAUUGGAUAGUACUGAAGAUGCCAAUAAUGCGGAAGAAAUUGCGAAUCUACGAAAAGAGGCACAGGCUCUCAAAGAAAUCCGCGAAUCAAUGGGCUCCCCCGAAUUCGCUCAUAAGGUAUUUACAAAGGUUUUCGAGGAGGACAUAGACCGACUACGUGGUAUGGAGGAUAUGUGGAAGACCCGGAAGGCCCCGGAGCCCCUGGACUUUGAGAAGAUACAGGGAGAUGCUUCGUUAAUUGAGCCUACUAUUUCUUGUAACGAUCAAAAAGUCUGGACUUUGGCCGAGGACUUGGUCGUUUUUAAGGACAGGUUCGACUUAUUCCUCGUUCCACCAGUGGUGAUCCUUUUGACUGAUAUGUAUCACAGCUUGGAUCGACUGAGCAAACGGCUAAAGACACUCCUAGAAACAACAAAGAACGAUGUCAAGCCCAUCCUGGUGUUUGAUAAGGAUGAUGUGGAUACGCUAGACUUUGUCACUGCCAGUGCUAACCUGCGAGCAACAAUAUUCGGAAUUGAGCCUAAAUCAAAGUUUGAUACGAAACAAAUGGCCGGUAAUAUUAUACCAGCGAUCGCGACCACAAACGCUAUGACUGCUGGCCUGUGUGUCCUACAGGCAUUCAAGGUCUUGAAGGAUGACUACUCACAUGCCAAAAUGAUCUUCCUCGAACGGUCGGGUGCCCGUGCAAUUAAUUCCGAUUCUCUGAAGCCACCCAACCCCAACUGCCCUGUUUGCUCGGUCGCCCUGGCCAGGGUAAAGAUUAACCCGGAGCAGGCCACCAUCAACGACUUAGUGCAGGAUAUCCUCCGCUCACAGCUAGGGUACGGUGAAGAGCUUUCAGUUAGCAACGAGUUGGGCACAAUUUAUGACCCCGACCUCGAAGACAAUUUGACUAAGAAGUUAUCGGAACUGGGUGUGGGCAAUGAAAGCCUCAUCACAAUUAUAGACGAGGAGGACGAGCAACCGCGUGUGAACCUUGAACUAGUUGUUGUGACUGAAAAGCCUGAGUCCUCAGCAGGAGAACAAAAGCCAAUCACUUUAGUAAAGGUCCCUGAAAUUCCCCGGAAACCACAGGCACCUACGCCUACCAUUAGCGAGCACGUUAAUGGCACUUCAGAUCCGAACAAGCGCAAGCGCAAUGCCGAGGAAGCCGGCCUUGCCAACGGCGAAGACCGUUCAAAGCGCGUGGCUAGUAUCUCCGUCGCUGACGGCGAUGGAUCGAAUCCUAUCGUCUUAGAAGAGACAGAAGGAGGCGCAAUUCUGAUUGACGACUGA